GAGCUACCAAGGUGCUGGUGUCAGUGUUUGCCUUUCCUCUGUCCCUGCGGAUCUGCUUUGAUGCCAGGUUUGCUGUGCCCGCAGCCGAGAAGGUGACUUCUCUGGGGAAGGACUGGCACCGGCCCUGCUUGAGAUGCGAGAAGUGUAACAAGACCCUGACAUCUGGAGGCCAUGCAGAGCACGAUGGCAAGCCCUACUGCAACCACCCCUGCUAUGCUGCCUUGUUUGGGCCCAAAGGGUUUGGCCGGGGAGGAGCCGAGAGCCACACGUUCAAGUAA